CACCGGACGCGGAAGGCCUUCUGCCCACUGCAGCACGGCAGUUCACCCCUGAUUUUCCUGGGCUGCCGAACAAGACAGGAAAAGCUCCACCGCUCCGACAGCGCAGGCCCCUUUUCCCUUUAAACCUACAGUACAUAGCACUGUGCCUCUCCUUCCAUUUUCAUGGAGCAUGAAUGCCCAUGUGGCGAAAUGCAUGUGGCUAUUGUCUCCAACCCAAAACCCCUCUGAGCAAACCGAUGUGCAUUUAUGACUUUUUAGGUGCCACGCUGUGGGACAACAAGGUGCUGGGAGAGAAUAUCCAAGUGAAGCCGAGCCCCAAGACCGAGAGUCGCAUCAUCGAAUCAGACUCCCUCGCAGACCAGCUGUCGGCUCUGCGAGCGCCAGGAGCCCUGCGGCUGAGCCUGCUGUGCGGUUUGGUGGAGGCCCGCGGAGCCGCACAGAUCCUGGGCGACAGCCAGCGCUGCCGCCCCCUGGCCCGGGUCACCCUCCAUUACUCCACCACAACCAAGCUCAAGCAGCUGAACCAGGCCGCCCUCUCCUGCCCCAGGGAUGGCAAUCUACCGCCAGCGACCCAUGUCGUUACUGGCAUUCAGUACGGGGCUCAGGUCUUCUUUGUGUUUGAGCAGCCGGUCUCUCCCUCCGAGGAUGUACACGAAAUACAGAAGAACCUCCGUGCCCUGAUUGAAGGAAUGCCAAGAUUUCUUCCAAAUGGAGGCAAAGGGCUCGCCGAGUUGUCUGAGACGGAGAAGGCAAGAGCCGAGAAAACGGCUUGCAGGGUAUAUAGUGAUACUUUCCCAGGAAACCCAGAAGGUCGUUCCAUGACUUUCAAAGAAGCGGUGGACAUGUAUUCCACCUUCCCCAAGGACCUGGCUGAGCAGGCUGUGCCUGUGAGGCUCUGGCUGCAGCCCCUGGAUCUGCUGGAGCCCAAAAUAGUGCACAAUUCCCAUGAAAUCUGUACAGAACUUGUUUGUGAAAUCCAGAAUAUCCUGCAGCAGCUGGCAGAAAUAGACAAGCAGUGCGCUGGCCUGGCAAAUGCUCCUGUUGCCACGACUUUUCCGGCGAUGAAGAGCAAACUACAGCGCUUCCAAGGUCUGAUUCGACAGUACAAACAGCUGUUUCAGAAACGUCUGUCAAGAAUUAUCCCAGCAAUCCGUCGAAGAGAGGAAGGUGAAGAUUGCAUUGUGGAAAUUUUAACUAGCAAUAAGCAGUCACUGUUCAGCUUUGAGCAGCUCAGUGCAUUCCUAGAGAGAAAGGAGAAGGAGAUGACAUUUGUGAAUAGCUACCUUGCGGCCCUGAAAGGUGCGGAGGUCGUAGCCACGAAGAAAGAGUUAGACCAGCUCCUAGUCAAUCCCAUGCUGAAGUGCGUUCUUGCAUUUGUGUUCACCUCUUUACAAGAUGAGGAGCCAUAUCUGUCAGACCUGGAAAGCUCGCUAGCAAUUAGAAAAAGUCAAAGCCAUGGACCAACAGCUUCUGGCAGUGAGACACCUGAUUAUAAAUUAUGGCUCGAGCACAGGGAGAUAAGCCGAAGAGCCCGGGAAGCUGCCAGGGCCUUCUCGGGGCUGGCCAGCUUGUCUUCCGACGACACCAAGCUGAUCAUCACGGCUCUCCCAGAUCAGGAGCACCCUGGAGCGUCCCUUUAUCUGUACGAGGAUGGAGAGCUGGUCAGCACCAAUUUUGAGUCCCCCUCCCAGCCUUCCCCUCCGGUGCCUGGUGAAGUCGGCCAGGACACCAUCCAGCUCCUCCUGACGCCGGCCAGCUACGGCAAGCGUGACAUCUCUGCCUUUCGGGUGGAGUAUAGGGCUGCAGGGCAGGAGGACUGGGUGGCUGUGAACACCGGAGAUAAACAGGAGACCUGCACCGUCACGGGGCUUCUCCCGGAUACGGGGUACCAGUUCCGAUACGCCGCUGUAGGCAGCCUGGGGCUCAGCGAGCGCAGUGACCCAACAGGCACCGUGAGGACGCUUCCUAUCAGAGUCCCUGCAGGAUCCGAGAAAAUCACAGCCGAACGCCCACCCAGCCCCCUCACUGGCCACGGAGCCAGUUCCGUAGGCUCCGACCACGGUGGGCAACAGUAUGAACCUGCAAGAGAUAACGGGAAGGAAGAAGGACCAAAAGGAGGAGGAGCCAAAAUGAAACGAUGUGACAGCAAGGGAAGAAAGAAGAAUAUUCCGGGCGAUGACUCUUUGGCUUCCUCACAUGCAGAGACGGCCAUUGCGCCAGAACCUGCUAUUCCACUGUCAGAAGAUAAAAGAGCAGCAGUCAAGCUCCUCAAACAAAGUAGAAAGUUAGAGGAAUGUGGGCCACUGUCCAUUUAUCAACUCCCAAUAAAACCAUCCGCCUCUUCUUCUUCCAGUUGUAUGAAAUACAAGCUGGGGCAUGAAAAUGCUUGGUUCCCCCAUAAAGUGAUCAUGGUGAUGGGGGCCACGGGGUCAGGGAAGACCACCCUGAUCAACGGCAUGGUCAACUACAUCCUGGGCGUGGAGUGGAAGGACCACUUCCGCUUCAAGCUGAUCCACGAAGAGACCCACAGAAGCCAGGCACAGAGCCAGACGGCCGGCGUCACUGCCUACGCCGUCAAUUAUACCCACGGCUUUCAGAUCCCGUAUAACUUAACCAUAAUUGACACCCCAGGGUUUGGAGACACCAGAGGGAUCGAGCAUGACAAGCAGAUCACAGCGAAGAUCCGGGAUUUCUUUUCCACUCCAGGGGGAAUUGAGCAUAUUGAUGGCAUCUGUUUUGUGGUCCAGUCUUCUUUACCACGCUUGACCCAAGCGCAGAAAUAUGUCUUUGACUCGGUGCUUUCCAUUUUCGGGAAGGACAUCAAGGGCAACAUACAAAUCCUGGUCACUUUUGCAGACGGACAGCGUCCCCCUGUUCUGGAAGCCAUUUUGGAGUCAGAGGUGCCCUGUGCUCAGAAUCUGGAUGGCAGCCUUGUCCACUACAAAUUCAACAAUUCCGCUUUGUUUGCUAGCAAUCACGCAGCCAGUGAGGACACUUUCUGCUUUGACGCGAUGUUCUGGAAAAUGGGAGCUUACAGCAUGAAGGAUUUCUUUGCUUCUUUGCAAACUUUGGAACCCAGAAGUUUACGACUGACCAAAGAGGUGCUCCAAGAACGGAAGAGGCUGGAAACGGCGGUGCAGGGGCUGCAGCCACAGAUCAAAGCCGGUCUGGCCACACUGGAAGCCAUAAGGAAGACGCAGCAAGCUUUGGAACAGCACAGAGACGAGAUGGAUGCGAACAAGGAGUUUGAGGUGGAGGUUGAACAUACCGUGCCGGUGAAACAUGAGGUCACGAAGGGGUUCUUGACAAAUUGCCAAACUUGCCACUUCACCUGCCAUUACCCCUGUGCUUAUAGCAAUGAUGCAGAUAAGUACAAAUGCUCUUCUAUGGAUAAAGGCAAGUGCACAGUUUGUCCCGGGAAGUGUGUAUGGGAUGUACAUUACAACCAGAAGUACAGGUGGGAGUACAAGACGAAAAAGGAGAAGCAAACAUACACGCAACUCAAGGCCAGAUACGAAAAGGCCCGCGGAGAAGCCAUGACGACAGAGAAAAUCUUUGAGCAGCUUUAUGAGGACUAUCAGGACAUGGAACACGUUGUGCUCAGGCUGAUCGAGGAAUCCUCUCGCAGUAUCGAGCGGCUGCAGGAAAUUGCCUUAAAGCCUAUCCCCAUGGCCACUCCAGAACACAUUGAUCUGCUGAUUGAAGCCGAGAAACAGGAAGCGAAGCCUGGCUUCCAGGAUCGCAUCCGCUCGCUUGAAGGGGUGAGAGAAAUGGCUGUGAUUGUGAACAAGAUUGCCAGGGGUGAGCCGCUGCUUCCGGCCGAGCAGAAAGCAGCCAAAAAGCACAAUGCUAAUCUUAGUAGACCCCAAAAAGUAUGUAAUUAUGUGAAAGGCUGGUUUGCAUCUUUGGCAUAGCUAAUUCAAACGGAUUUUAAUGAGAUCCGGUUUCUGGUGUGUUCUUCAGUCGCUCUUGCUUCGCUUGUCCCCGUGCUCAGAGCAGUGAGAUGCCCCCCCACCCCCGAUGGCUCUUGCUCAGGCCGAGACGGAGGUUUCCCUCGAACAUCUCGCCGGGUAGACGUCUCAGCGCUGGCAGUGGGACUGCGGGAGGCUGCGGCCCCUUUCGCCUCCAGCAGAUCACCUGAGAGGCGCCUUGUGGUGCUCCCAGCGCAGCCGAUGCGCCCCUGCCGUGACCUCCUGGGCCCCGAACAUGUGAAGGCAUGCGCAAGAGUCCCUUGGCGAGGAGCACCUCCUUCCACCGCCCACACAUGCCGGCCAGCAAACGGGGUGCCCCUGCCCGGGGCACACACACACCGACGGGCGCGGGCAGGCGCUGUCCCUGGGCUGGGCGCUCCGGCUGAGCAUUCGCAUUCUAAGAUUAAAACCUUGCCCGGCAGAGCCAUCCUUAUGUCCGUGCGGAACUGGGAGUCCUCGUUGCUGACGGCCCCCGAGGACUCGUGGGAAGCUGCCUUCUCCCCGAGAUCCCGUUUCCUGCCAGGCCUCCCUGGGCUGCGUCCGCACCGGACGCCACAGCUGCUCUGGCACCGCUUUGCAGCAGGGCUGGAAGCAGAGCCAACAGCGGUGCCGCCCCGGGAUUCACGCAGGGGGCCCCCAGAUUCAGCCCCCCCACCUCACGGGGCGACUUCCUUCUCCCCCGGCCCGGCCGGCCUCGGACUGUAGUUCCUCGCUGCCUCUGUUACAUCGCUCGCCUUUUCGCACCCUCUCCCUUUAAACUUUGCACCCAGUGCUAAGUGCCCUUACCAACUUGUGAGUCCUCAAGUUAAUUACUCUGCUUAAUUGUUUUAGCUCCAGCACAGUAAAAUCUGUCACACCCGGUCUCCAGUUCAUGGUGUAUUCGAGCUGGUGUAGCCCUGGAAGUGUUUAUUCCAGGUCUCAGCCAUGAUAAAGGAAACUGAACCAUAAAGGCAAGAGUGCCUCUGGCCAUGCACAGAGUAACUUUCCAUCAACACUAGGUGGCUGCAGCAUGCGAUGGGGCGUCAUAUAAGUUGUUUAAAUAAAUAAAAUAAAUAUACUAGGGGCCAGGCUGCUCAGCUUUUGGGUGAGAGAGCAGACAGAAGGACAGUGGCCUGAACCCAAAGGGCCUUUUUAGAAAAGAAUUAUCAAUGGCUCUAGUUGCUUGGACAUCUAUUUCUUUAGAAAAGAUCUGCAUUAAUUUGAAGUCUUAGUAUUUUUUUGUCCUAUGAGCUCUGCUCUGCUCUAUGUACUCCUUUGCUUUGCCUUGCUUUGAAUAUGAUGUAUGAGGCCGACCUAAUGCUACCUGUAUCCUAUGCACUGCGAUUUCAUCUUUAGUGUCUAUUUCGCUCAGUCCUUCAUAAUUUUACACUGAAGACUUGGAGUUUCUGCUUUGGAUUUAUUGUAUUCACACUGUACAAUAAAAUGUGUUAAAAUCUA